AUGGAAGAAACACAAUCUGAUCAAAAAACUAAAGAAGAACGCAAAGAAAAGCUUGCCAUUGAUAGCAGUGGAAGCAGCAAUGGCGACGUGAGGUUCAAAUUAGAUGCUUAUGCACCACAAUUCUUGCCCAAAUCGCGUACCCAAAUGCCCAUUUCGGCUUAUUAUUACCCUUUAUUUCACUAUCCCGGUGACGUCGCCGGAUCGGAUGGGUUCUUUGUUGGUGAACAAGAACCGGCUACUGCUGCCUAUUUCAUUCCAAAUCCUAAUUUCUCGAUCCCUAAAUUCUUUCCUAAGAAUGUGCUCACCGAUGAUCUCCGUUUAAAGAUCAUCAAACAGGUGGAAUACCAGUUGAGUGACAUGAGCCUCAUAGCAAAUGAAUCGUUGUCAAAGCAAAUAAGCAAAGAUCCCGAAGGUUAUGUUCCCAUAUCUUUCAUUGCUUCAACAAAGAAAAUCAGGUCUCUCAUCACCAACAACUACUUGUUGGCCAAAGCACUUCGAUCCUCUUCAAAACUUGUUGUGAGUGAUGAUGGUAAGAAAGUUAAACGUAAACACCCUUUCACUGACAAGGACAGAGAAGAAGUUCAGUCUCAUACUGUUGUUGUAGAGAAUUUGCCUGAAGAUCACUCUCAUCAGAACAUCGACAGAAUUUUUAAUAUUGUCGGAAGUGUGAAGAAUAUAAGAAUAUGUCAUCCCCAUGAAUCCAGAUCUUCCCGCUCUAAAAGUGAGUUUUGUAUGUCUAACGAGCUUCAUGCACUUGUGGAGUUUGAAUCGGCAGAGAUUGCUGAGAAAGCGGUUGAGAAGUUAAGUGAUGAAAGGGAUGGGAGAAAAGGACUCCAAGUAAGGUUGCUGCUUAGAAUCUUGCCAAAAUCUGUUCCCAAUAAACAAAAAUCUGAGUUUGAUAGCAUACUAGACGAGGACGAUUUACCGAGUUCCUUUCAAUUAAACAAUCUUGAAUCAACCAAAAAUAACGGUGAGGAUAACGGUAAGGUGAUAUCAAAAAAGAGACGGGGCAAACGGGGGAAGGGCCGGGGGCUUGGUGAACGAGGCCUGGCUGCUGAAGCACCACCUCAACCCAGUGCAAAUAUGAAAAAGAAGUCUAACCAUCCAAGAAUGCCGGACGGAACCAAGGGUUUCAGCAUGGGACGAGGCAAGCCAUUAAUGAGUCCACAUUCGGAGUGA